CUGAGCCGGUGGAGUGAAGUGUUCGGAGAAGUGGAGUCAGAGAGGGACGGACGGACGGACGGAGCGGAGCAGACAGGCUUCGGGAUUUUUAACCACCACUUUUUUUUCUUAAAGUUGUGUGGAAACAUGGAGCUCCGUCGUGUCAACGUGUUGGUGUUUUUAUUUAUUAACCACGUAUUUAUCAGCCAGUCGAAAGAACAGGUAUUGCUGGAUAUGAGAGCUUCAGGAUCAGAGUUGGGGUGGUUGACUUUGCCAUAUGAGAACGGAUGGGAGAUAGUCCAGACGGUGGUGAAUGGCUCCCUUUUCUACACCUACAGUGUUUGUAGCAUAGACUCUACUGAACAGGAUAACUGGCUACGGACGACGUUCAUCCAGCGGCGCCCGGGGACGACCCGUGUCUCCGUGGAGCUCCGUUUCGUCGUGCGAGACUGCAACACGUUUGAUGGCGCCUCUGUGGCCUGCAAAGAAACCUUCAACCUUUUCAUCUCAGAGGCCGACGCUGAUGUGGGAACCAACUUCCGCAAAACGCAGUUCCGCAAAGUGGCCACCAUCGCCCCCGAUGAGGUCACACAAGGCCGCAUGGUGAAGGUCAACACGGAAGUGAAGACGGUGGGGGAUCUGUCCAAGAAGGGCUUCUACCUGGCCUUUCAGGACAUGGGUGCUUGUGUGGCGCUGCUCUCCGUCAGAGUUUACUACAAGACAUGCCCGUCCACGGUGCAGAGCUUGGCGGCCUUCCCAGAGACGGUGGCGGACGCCCUCAGGGAGGUGGAGGGGGCCUGCGUGGAGAACGCCGUCAGUCAUGGCACCCCACGCAUCUACUGCACAGCUGAGGGCGAAUGGGUGGUUCCUGUGGGUCAGUGCCAGUGUCUCCCUGGAUUCGAAACCACCGGGGAAUCCUGCCAAGCGUGCAAGCCAGGCUACUUUAAGCCAUCUGUAUCGAGCGAGUUAUGUCGGGUUUGUCCUGAUAACACCAAGCCCUCCGCAGCCGGCGCCACUGAAUGUCAAUGUGAGGAGGGUUUCUUCCGCUCCCCCUCAGACCCUCUGACAUCUCCCUGCUCUGCCCCACCCAGUGCCCCUCGUGACCUGACCUCCAUCACCCUGCCGGCAGAGGGCAGGCUGCAGCUGUCCUGGAGCCCACCACUGGUGACCGGGGGCCGCAGCGACCUCACCUACAGCGUGGUGUGCGAGCACUGCGACGGAGCCUCAUGCGUCCCCUGCAGUGAGACGGUGCGCUUCGAGCCGGGUCCCACGGACCUGCGGGACGCCACGGUCGUCGUCACCAACCUGGAUUCUCAUCUGAACUACACGUUCACUGUGGAGGCUCACAGCGGCGUGUCGCAGUACGGCUCUGAGAGGCCCACAGAGACCAUCACCACUGCUCUGGACUACACAGAUCCCCCCAAGGUGAAGCUGAUCCAUCUGGAUGAUCGCAGCCCCACCAGUCUGUCUCUGUCCUGGACUCUGUCUCGCAGACCUCCAGCCCACAUCAGUCACCGCUACGAGCUUAUGUACCGCAGAAAAGAUGACGAUGGCGAGCGCGACGUGACCACCUACACAGUCCUGAUUUUGGAGAAAAGCUCGGUCCAGAUUAGCGACCUCACCCCAGACACUACUUAUAUGUUCAGGGUCCAGGCUCUGAGUCCUGAAGGAAACCCUGGCAGCUACAGCAUGGAACAGGAGUUUCAUACUUCACCACUAGCUGAGUCUCAGAUCCAGAACAACUCCACCAUGGUGAUGGGAGCUGUAGUCGGAGUCGCGGUCAUUCUGCUCGUUGUGGUGGCCGUCCUGCUGCUGCGUAGACGGAGACUGAGCUCUCGUGGCAGAGGUGGACCAGAGGAUCCAUACUUUUCCACAGAUCAGCUCAAGCCUCUGAAGACUUACGUUGAUCCACACAUGUAUGAAGACCCCAACAUCGCCAUCCAGAAGUUCGUCACAGAAAUUGACCCGAGUGCAGUCAACAAACAGAAAGUCAUCGGCAUAGGAGAGUUUGGCGAAGUGUUCCGCGGAGUGAUGAAGACCCCUCUGCGGGGAGAGGUGGCCGUGGCAAUCAAGACCCUGAAGCCGGGCUACUCGGAGAAACAGAGGCAGGACUUCUUGAGCGAGGCCAGCAUCAUGGGGCAGUUCUCGCACCCAAACAUCAUCCGCCUGGAGGGAGUGGUCACCAAAUUCAAGCAUGCGAUGAUAGUGACUGAAUACAUGGAGAACGGGGCUCUAGACACAUAUCUGAAGGACCGUGAUGGAGAGAUUCCCUCAUAUCAGUUGGUGGGAAUGCUGCGUGGAAUCGCUGCCGGCAUGAAAUACCUCUCUGACAUGAGCUACGUCCAUCGUGACCUUGCAGCAAGAAACGUCCUGGUGAACAGCAACCUGGAGUGCAAAGUGUCCGACUUCGGCCUUUCGCGUGUGCUGGAGGACGACGCCGAGGGCACCUACACAACCAGAGGAGGUAAAAUCCCCAUCCGCUGGACCGCCCCCGAGGCCAUCGCGUACAGGAAAUUCACCUCAGCCAGCGACGUGUGGAGCUUCGGCAUCGUCAUGUGGGAAGUCAUGGCAUUUGGAGAACGGCCCUACUGGGACAUGAGCAACCAUGAGGUCAUGAAGGCUAUCGACGAGGCCUACAGGCUUCCCGCUCCGAUGGACUGUCCGUCCGCUAUCUACCAGCUCAUGCUCCAGUGUUGGCAGCACGACCGCUCCAAACGACCUCGCUUCUCGGACAUUGUCAACAUUUUGGACAAACUGCUCCGAAACCCAGAGUCUCUGAAAAGCAUAGCUGACUUUGACCCACGAGUGUCCAUCCGCCUGCCGAGCACCAGCGGCUGCGACGGCACCAUGUUCAGGUCCGUGCCCGAGUGGCUGGACUCCAUCAAAAUGGGCCAGUACAGCGAAAGCUUCAGCCGCGCGGGGAUCACGACCAUGGAGCAGGUGCUCGCCUUGAGGCAUGAAGACAUCAGGAAUAUUGGCGUGCGGCUGCCCGGUCACAUGAAGAGGAUAGCCUACAGCAUCCUGGGCCUGAAAGACGAGACCAGCUCCCUCAGCGUGUUUGCAGUGUGAUCUAAGCAUUCCUCCAAAUCAAAGUGCACUGACCGACCAUGCCAUUUCACUCACGGACGAGCAGGACUGAAACAGGAGGGAGGGAGGGAGGGAGGGGGUGAAACCGAGCUACUCUCGGCACAGCGUGGCACGACUGAAGAGGACCCUCCAAGCCACUCAGAAAGGACUGAGACUGAAAACACUUAUGUACUUUAUGAUACCAGAAAAUAAAUAAUUUAUCUUAUCAUGUAAAAAUGUUUCGUAUGUUGAACAUAAACACAUUACGUGAUGCAGUAAACAAAUGUGAGACAAUGUGAGAGUGAUCGGCUUUGUAUUUUCUGAAUGACUGAAACAUUAAGGCUCUUUAUGAUUAAGGGCUUUGUCUUCCAAGCACUCACUUUAUCCUGCCAGUUUCUCUGGAUCUCUAAAUCAGUUUGUUUUGCUACAGUUUCUGCGAUCAAUGAGAGAAUGUUUUAAAAUUUGGAAUAAUUGUUCCACUCAGGGCAAAAAAUCACACAUUCUUGUUUUGUAGUUAGUCUCUGUAUCACAUGAUGCAUCUUCUUCUAGUCUUUUGUUUGUUUACACCAUGUCUUAAUACAACUGUCCAUUUUUAUUUAUUAUUUAUUUUAUUUUGUAUUUAUGGCAUUUGUUACAGGAGAAAUAACUCUGAUCUGGCGCAUGUUUGCCAGGCGGUGUAUUUUUAUGUUUAAAUAAAAUCAGUGUUGCCUGUGACUGGAUCACUUCCUUGUA